CUGUAGCAAGAGUUAUCGAGAUUUGACAUGGCGGACAGGGAUUUUAGAACUCCCUUGUCGACAACGCCAAACGAAGAUUUCAACCCAUUGGCAGAGGAACAAGAAGAUUUUAAUAGCAAACUCUGUCUCCAGAAUAAUCAGGAGCAUCAUGACGCAGACUGCAGUGGUAGUGAUGAUGAAACAGAUUCUCAGUGUACAUCAAUUGAGGAGAUGCCAGCAGGAAUUCUGUACAGUGUAACACCACCAACCAAUAUACGUGGAGUAAAGAGAGACAAGAAAAAACAACAGACAAACAUUCAAAAACAAUCCUAUAAACAGUACACAGAAUUAAAAAAGGCAAAGAAAUCAUUGCGAAAUGCUGUCAUUAAAGAAAGAUAUGCAAAUGAUCCCAUGUUUUGUAAACUUGGUCAUAUAGAUUCAGAUGACAAUCUAGAAAAGGAUUUUGCAGAUGACAAAGAUAAAAGAAGUAUGGAUAGUCGUGAUUUGAAGAAAAAAAGCAUGACAAAAACUAUAGCUCAUGAGAGAUUAGCAAAGAGAAAUUCUAGUGAUUUAGCUUCAAUAGACACAACAACAGUCGAUGUUCCUGUUCCACAAGCUGCUGCAAAGGUUGACACCUCAGGAAGAUUUUCUUCUUUGAACUUUCAUGGAAGAAUUCCGAUUGACAGCUCUGGAAGGUUUGCAUCAUUGAACCUUAAAUCUCAUGCCCUGUCCUCGAUGGGACAGUCAUUGAGUUCAAGCUGGAAUGUAGGCAGAAGUGAACACAGAAGACAGUCUGUAGUUAAUGUGGAAGUGCCAAAAGAAAGAGUGGAUUUUUUCAAAAUAUUUUCAACAUUGAUAAAUAUGGGUUCACAUUCAAAAAAAGAAAAAGAUGUAAAGGGAGUGAAAGAUAAGAUGAGCUAUAGAAGACAGAUCAGUUCUGAGCAGGAGUUAUGGCAGGAGCGAUAUAAAGAUUACUUGUGGCUUGAACUUCAGAUGGACCAACACGGCUUUAAAACUUUGAAUGAACAAGAAGAAUAUCUGAAAAUGCAAAGAGAGAAAAUUCCAGAUGUUCUGGAAGAAAUACUGAAUUUCAAAUUUGAUUGCUCUUUGGAACAGUUUGAAAGAAGUGAAGAAGAAUCAAGUUUUAGCAUUCAAAAUAAUGAGAAUACACCUUAUUCAUUCACAUUAACAUCAGAAACAGUUGCACAGCAAAGAGAAGCUCUUAUUUAUGUCCAGGAAUUGCUAAACAAACUGGAUGCAUGUGAGCAAUUAUUUCCUACAUCAAAGGCAUUUGCAAAAGAAUUUGAAAUGUAUAGUAAUAAACAAUUUACUCAGCAAGUUAAAUCAUUGUACCUUUGGCAAAGUAUUACCAAAGAUUUAUGUCACAAGAUCCGAAAACUAGGACUCAUUCUUGGUGCUCAACAUGCAUCAGAUUAUGACUGGCCAGAAAUAGACCUUGAUAGUCCACGGUUCUCGGAAGACUUUGAUUUUAAUUGUUUUAGCAGGCAAAAUAUUCCAAAAAUUGAAGAGCCAUCUUGUGUGAUUAGUGAAGAUGAACUAGAAAACACUUCUGAAAGCUUUAGUACCCAAACUGAGAAUGCCAAACGUGUAACAUUUACUCUAAAUAGUACAAGGUCAUCAAGAAACACAAGUCCAGUGAAUUCUGAGAUAUCUUACAAAGGAUUAAGGACAACCUACUCCUCAGGAAACCUCUCUAGAGCUUCAAGCGAAGCAAGCCUAGAUGAGCUUCAUCAUCCACCUGCAAAACUGUUGUUUAGGAAAUAUGUAGACAAAACUUUAAAAAGAAUGGGGAUGAAUAAAAUGUUGCUGAGGUUCAAAGAGCUUUUAGAUAGAACAUUACAAAGGGCUAGAGAGGCUUUACAAAGGCCAAAGAUUCCUUCCAAUUCUGAUAUACAGUCUCCAGAAGUGGAUGGAACUGUGCAGUUGUCCUCCUCCCCAGCUUUGGAUCUCCACUACGCUGAUGCCAAUUCCACUUCUGUCAAUGUCUUUCACAGAAGCUCCAGUCUUACAGAUAUUGGAGCAUGGAGUGAGCACUUCAUUCAAAUGGGCUUACCAUCAUUCCAAUCCAGCUACCUUUUCCUACUUCAUGUAUUUCUGGAAGUGAUUCAUGAAGCUAUGAGGCUGCGUUUGGAACAGAGACCAGUCAUUGAUCCCUCCUUUCUCAGCAUUAGACCGCUUUUGAGAGAAUGCAAGGAAGUACUUCGAGGUGCAGUGAUUGUUAAACAGUAUUUUCAGACGAUGGUAGACGAUGUCUCCUCAGAGGGGGAGACCAAUAUCAUGAAAGAUUUAGGAGAAUUUGAUGAUGAUGUCAGAAAAAUGUUAGAUGUAUACUUCACAUAUUUACAAAGCUGGAUGUUAGCGCUGCAGAGUCUUCCAGAAGCCUCACUUAGUUUGAAGAAUGUUUUAGAAUCAGAGUGGCUUUUCACCAAACAGAUAUGUCCUCAUGUGAUUGGUGGGGAGGCAGAGGCUGGCAAACGGUUCAGUUCACUGGCUAGUAGUCUUCUGAACUCAAUAGCAGACUUUCUGGAGAGUGGUAUAGAUGAUUUCACCACAAGCCUGUACAACCUGACAAUAAACGAGGACAAUGAGGAGGUACAGGAGUCAACAGAGAAGGACACCAAUAACAACAACGACAGUGACAAUAAUGACGAGGUGCACGAACAACAGAAGCUAAUGAUUCAGGAAAUUAGGCACUUGUUUCAACAAACUUCCAGAAAUUGCAAAAAACUCUUCAAUGAAGCUAGAGAGAGAGCCUCAAAGGCUCUGGGAUUUGCAAAAGCUUUGAGGAAGGAUCUGGAAAUAGCAGCAGACUUUAACAUUGCAGUAACAACUGUUGAACUUUUGGCUAAACUGAAAACUACAAACUUUGUAAUGGUAAACUUUGCCUCCAAUGACCCAGGAUAUUUAGUGUUCAUUCCAUCCAGAAUUGCAGACAACAGACACCUUAUUUUGCAACUAUUGAAUGUGACUUGUGGCAGAGAAGAUUUAAGUGCUUCUAUACAGGAUUUGGGUAGUCUGAAGGAGGAUGGCUAUCUACUGAUGGUGUGCUGUGAGGGGGGCAAGGGCAGUGUUAAGGAUUGCCCUCUAUGGUUUGGUCAGGUUGUCAAAGUGGAUCCUACGGCGGAAACUGCAAUUGCUUUGUCACACAUACAGGUAGAAGGUUUACUACUUGUUGUGAUUCAUUCAUCUCAGCUUAGUGCACAAAGAAAGGAGUUUGAGUCUUUGAUGGGAAAAACAGUACAACUAGUAAAUGAGCAGACUUCUUGUCAUCAAGCCAUUGCAGAGUCUUUAACAGAAUUAAAGGGAUCUGCCAUGGAGCUUCAAGAAAGAGUUGUUCAAGCUAUAAAGCAAGUGGAUGACAAGUUUUACUGUGAAGAUAUGGCAAAUUUUGAUGACAAUGAAAGAAACCACCUUCUAAACUUAUACAGAGAAACAAUGCUUAAAGGAUAUAAUUUUGGAUUUGAGUAUCUUAGAGAAGUAACCAGACUUGUAACAGGAGAAACUAAGCAAAAACUCAGCAAAAGACUUGUUAACUUUGCCAAAGAGUGGAUGGCAUUUGUAACUGAGAAAUGUGAAAAAGGAAGAGGCAUGCGCCCAAAAUGGGCUAGUCAAGGACUGGAUUUUCUUAUUGUUGCAUGUGAACCCAAAGUUCUUGCAUGUCUGACAGAUGAAGAAUAUCAGGAAUUGAAGAAAAGCAUUAACAGCUGUAUCAGCCAUGUUAUAGGAUCAGCAGAUCGCACACCAGUCAGUCCCACUCAUAGUCAAGGAAGCUCACCCAUUCCACGUUCAUCUAGUGUAGACUCGGGCAGACAACCAUACCUACGUUAUCCAUCUUGGCCAGCUGAGCAGGCUCAGGGGAAAUUCACACGAUCAACCUCCAAUAUUUCUAACAAGUCCUCUCAAAGUGAACCACCUCCAAACUCCACUGAGUCAAGGGUUAAGAGACACUCGAUGGAUUAUCACUCAGAAGUGGACGUACAUGAUGGUGAUGAUGGUGGAAUUGUCUUAGACAUAAAUCUCAAAAGAAAUUUUAGAGUUUCCGGUGACAUAGAAGAUUUAAAACCUUUAGACAGAAGGAAACAAGCUAUAUUAAGGCUUGAAGAAAGAAGAUUGUUGCGACUGAGAGAUUCUGGGGUGAUAGGAGUGGUAACCAGUCGAAAAAUAGAACCAGAUUAUCGCAUCAGUGUUCGGCGUGUCAACUUCAGAUGGCAGAGAGGACUUAAAAUUGGUGAAGGACAAUUUGGUAAAGUUUAUUCUGCUGUUAAUAUGGACAAUGGAGAAUUAAUGGCCAUGAAAGAGAUGAAGUUUCAAGCCAAUGAUCAUCAAGCAUUAAAAGAAUUAGCAGAUGAAAUCAUUUUGUUUGAAGGCAUACAACACCCAAAUCUUGUGAAAUACUAUGGAGUUGAAGUUCACAGGGAUGAAAUGUUGGUGUUCAUGGAAUACUGUGAUCGUGGAACACUGGAAGAAGCAGCAAAAAUGGGACUUCCUGAACACAACAUCAGAGUAUACACCAGGGAAAUUCUGCUAGCCGUCAACCAUUUACAUGAAAAUAACAUUUUACACAGAGAUAUAAAGGGUGCCAACAUAUUUUUGACAUCUAGUGGAUGUUUAAAACUGGGAGAUUUUGGAUGCUCAGAGAAGCUGAAAAGCCAUGCAACUCUGCCUGGCGAGUUCAACAGCCUUGUUGGAACCAUGGCAUACAUGGCACCCGAAGUGAUCACAAGAAAUGCAUCUCAAGGUCAUGGUAGAGCAGCUGACAUUUGGAGCCUGGGAUGUGUGGUAAUAGAGAUGUCAGCAGGGAAGAGACCUUGGCAUGAGCUGGAGAACAGUGCACAGAUCAUGUUCAAAGUUGGCAUGGGAGGGAAACCCCAGAUUCCUGAAAGUUUGAGUGCAGAGGGUAAAGAUUUCCUGGUUCAGUGCUUUAAAAGUGAUCCAACAGAGAGGAGUACUGCAGCAGAACUUUUAGAUCAUCCUUUUGUAAAGGUCCAAGUUGAAGAACAAGAUGGAGAGACUUGAUAGUUCCAUUGAAGAUUUAUACAGUUAAUAUUUUUUUUUUGACAUUAUAUGCCAUUCCUGUAGAAAAUUAGCAUAACCUUGAAGUUUGUUAUAUUGAUUAAUUGUUAAUAUUUGUUAUACCUAAAAGGUAUACACAAAAGAACACAAUAUUUUCUUGUUAUUAAAAACAAGUAUAAAUAUUCAGCAA